AUGGCAAGCAAAGCUCAAAGCAAUACUAUGAUGGUGGCAGCUUUCGACUUUGGUACCACGUAUAGCGGUUAUGCGUACUCCUUCAGACACGACCCCAAUACUAUUCAGACAAAUCAGAACUGGUAUGCAGGAGGUGGUGCUUCAAGAUUAGUGUCACUGAAGACGCCUACAUCCGUCCUUUUAAAUCCAAAGGAACGGUUUGACAAGUUUGGUUUCGAGGCCGAGGACAAGUAUGCAAGCCUAACUGAAGGUGGUAAGCACCACGGCUGGAGACUUUUUUGGAGGUUUAAGAUGGUGCUGCAUAGCACUAAGCACUUGACAAAAGACGUAGAGGUGGAGGACUUUUGCGGAAAAAAGAUGAAGGCUUUUCCGUUGUUUGCCAUGUCGAUUAAAUACCUGAAAGAACACUUAUUUGCGGCGAUUACGAGGCAAACGACAGGAUUCGAGGAGACGGAUAUCCUGUACGUGUUGACCGUCCCAGCUAUCUGGGAUGACAAUGCUAAGUGGUUUAUGAGGGAAGCGGCAGUAACAGCUGGAGUAGACCCAAGACGCCUAAAGCUGGCCUUGGAGCCGGAAUGUGCCUCGGUCCAGUGUGAGACGCUGAGCAUGGCCUUUAAGGGCGCUGUAACGGUUCAAGGAUCACAGUUCAUGGUCGUCGACCUUGGAGGAGGCACCGCAGAUAUAUCUGUUCAUGAGAGAAAAGCAGAUGGAACCCUGAAGGAGAUCCACAUAACCAGUGGCGGUCCAUGGGGAGGCAUCUAUGUGGAUGAAAAUUACAUGAAAAUGUUGAAUGAACUCUUUGGAGAAAAAGCUAUUACCGAACUUCGAAAGACUGAAAUUAAUGAUUAUUUUGACGUCAUUCGGGAAUUUGAACAUAAGAAACGAUCAUUUGACACUGAAAAAACAAACCAAUUAAUUGUUCGUAUUUCUGCCUCGCUGAGAGAUCUUGCGGAAAAGUAUUCUUCCAAAUCUUUAGAGGAACGAAUUGGGACCUUACAAAUUGACAAUGCCAUCGCCAAGAAAGGCAAAGACAAGCUACAGUUUGAUACAGCAAUUUUCAAGGCCUGGUUUGAAAGACCAAUCGAUCUGCUGAUGCGGCAUCUAAAGUCUCUUUUAGCUGAACCAAAGAUGCGAAGCGUGCACACCGUUAUUCUGGUGGGCGGAUUCGGCGAAAGCCCGUACGUUCAGAGGAGAAUCAAAAGUGAAAUAACCGGCGUGAGACUGAUCGUCCCAUCAGAAGCAGGUCUCACCGUGUUGAAAGGCGCUGUUCGGUUUGGACUCAACCCCGAUAUUGUCUCCUCUAGGAUUAUGAAGUACACGUACGGGGUAGCUGGAUAUAGGGACUUUGAUGAAAAGAAACAUCCAGAGGGGAAGAAGAAAUGGUUGAAUGGAGAAUGGUCGGUGCCUAAAUGUUUCAAUGUGUACAUUCGGGUAAAUGAUGAGGUGAGAGUGAAUCAACAGGUAAUCAUGAAAAGUAUUCCUACUUCUGAAAUUACUCUCACGUCCGUCUAUAGGACGACACAGGAGAACCCCGAGUACACGACGGACCCCGGAUGUGAACUACUAGGGACUAUAAGGCUAGAGUGUAGCAAGGAUAUCCCAUUACAGCACCAGGUUUUAGAAACUACGUUUAUGUUCGGGGGUACAGAACUUCUUGUCAAAAAGAAGAACAAGACCACUGGAAAAGAAACCGAUAUGACCUUUGAGUGCUUCCAAUAA